GAUUUUUAUUAGUCAUACUACGAUUUGUUCGCUUCGAUUUAUUCAAAUUCAUACGAAAGUGUUGAAAUGAACGAAAUAAUACAUACAAAUUCAUAGUAAUGAUCUAUACCACCAGAUAGUGCUGCUUAUUUGUAAAUUCGAAACUAGUCUUACGUUCGGAGAUCAGUAACGCAGAAUAAUUGGCAAGAGAAAGAAAGAAGGAUUGAAAAAUCUACUUUAUUAUCAGAAUCGAUAGUUAGUUAAGUCGAUUGAAAUUAUAAUAUUUUGACAAAUGAAGAUCGUGAUUGAAAAAAUCGUUCGAACGUUAACUUCGAUUCCCUUAACUUGUUAGGGUCAUUGAGACACGCGUCGCCUUAACGACAGCAAAAGAGUGUUCGAAUUUGUUUGUAAAAUCAUUUCAGUCGGUCGGUGUGUUGAUAGAAAGAAGAAAAACCGAGAUUCAAAAGGUUUUGAAAUGAAAACCGCAUACGGAAGCACGAGAGUGAUUUUUCCAAAAUUUUUCGUAUCAUCCGAAUCGAUAAAAUUUGUCAACGAUUACAAGAUAGUUUAUAGGAGAAGUGAAAAAUAGUGACAAUAUUAAUAAUUAGAAAUAAAAAAAAAGGGAAAGAAAAGUUAGAGUUGGUUUUGCAAAGAGUUCAUCAUUGACGAGAUAUCGGAAGCGGGAUAAACAUUCAAAAUGGCGUCUUCAGAGUUGGGAAGAGAAAACGAUGAGUAUGGACUUGGAUAUCAGAAUACUUUGAUGUAUGGUCGCUACACGAAGGACCUUGGGGAAUACGCGAAGGAAGAAGCAAGAAGACUCAAGUAUCAUGAGAAGGCAAGAAAAAAGUAUGACAAGACGAGAGCCGAGGAUCUUAGAAAAUCAAGAAGAGGUCCAUUGUGUAGAAAACUCUUGGCAUUGCUUGCUUUUGCUUGGAAACACACAGGAGCUAGAUUGGGCGAAGAUUGGGUAUUUUUGGCACUUUUGGGUGUUAUUAUGGCUCUCAUCAGUUAUGCCAUGGAUCGUGGGAUUUCAAUGUGCAACAACGCUAGAAUAUGGCUAUAUCAAGAUCUGACGUCUCAUCCAGCGCUCCAGUAUCUCGCAUGGGUUUCGUUGCCCGUUUGCCUAAUUUUAUUCAGUGCUGGUUUUGUACAUAUAGUGGCACCGCAAAGCAUAGGCUCUGGUAUACCAGAAAUGAAAACUAUUUUAAGAGGUGUAGCUUUGAAAGAGUAUUUAACUUUUCGGACCCUUAUUGCAAAGGUGAUCGGAUUAACAGCCACAUUGGGUUCAGGUUUGCCUCUGGGAAAGGAAGGUCCAUUCGUUCACAUUGCCAGCAUCGUAGCGACUCUUUUAUCAAAAUUAGUCACCAGUUUUCAAGGCAUUUACGAAAACGAAAGUAGAAACUGUGAAAUGUUAGCUGCCGCUUGCGCGGUUGGUGUAGCAUCAUGUUUUGCGGCACCCAUCGGAGGUGUCCUCUUCAGCAUCGAGGUCACUACAGUAUACUUCGCGGUACGAAAUUAUUGGCGUGGUUUUUUCGCAGCCGUAUGUGGUGCCACGAUGUUUCGACUCCUGGCAAUAUGGUUUCAAAGGGAAGAAACUAUUACGGCUAUGUUUGUCACCAAUUUUACUAUGGACUUUCCGUUCGAUCCUUACGAACUUUUUGUCUUUGCUCUUAUCGGUGUUGGAAGCGGCCUAAGUGGUGCGUUUUACGUCUGGUUGCAUCGACAAUACGUUAUUUUUAUGAGAAAAAAUAAGAGUAUGAACAGCUUUCUUCAGAAAAAUCGCUUUUUAUAUCCUGGUAUCGUAUCUCUUCUGGUAUCAUCGGUGUCGUUCCCCUUGGGAUUAGGCCAAUUUAUGGCCGGUGAUUUGAACACUCACGAUCAGGUAUAUGGACUUUUUACGAAUUUUACUUGGACCAAGGAUAACUUGGGGGUCGAAGAAAUGAAUAUAGUCAAACAUUGGUCUACUCCGUACACCGACGUCUUCACCGGUCUCCUCAGCUACGUUCUCUUCACUUUCAUCUUUUCCAUCAUAAGCUCGACAGUACCCGUACCGUCUGGCAUUUUCAUCCCUGUUUUCAAAAUUGGCGCAGCCCUUGGAAGAACCGUUGGCGAAGCAAUGGCAUUUUGGUUUCCGACUGGUGUUAGAUAUAAUGGAAUUAUUACUCCAAUUAUACCAGGUGGUUACGCUACUGUAGGAGCGGCUGCCUUUUCCGGUGCCGUAACUCAUACUAUUUCCGUAAGCGUUAUCAUUUUUGAAAUGACAGGACAAAUCACUCACAUUGUACCAAUAAUGAUAGCAGUAUUGAUCAGUAACGCGAUUGCUGCACUGUUACAACCGAGCAUAUACGACAGCAUAAUACUUAUCAAAAAAUUACCUUACCUACCGGAUCUUCUACCGUCGAGUUCAGGUAUGUACAACGUUUACGUCGAAGACUUUAUGGUACGCGAUGUGAAAUACAUUUGGCACGGCAUCACUUAUCAAAAACUCAAAGAGAUACUUAAGGAGAAUCGCAAACUUCGUGGCUUUCCGCUUGUAGAUAAUCCAGAAUCUAUGAUAUUAUUGGGUUCUAUUCAAAGGCUAGAAUUGAUAAAAUUAAUAGAAAAACAUAUUGGACGUGAAAGGAGAUUACAGGUCGCUCAAAAAUGGCACAAAGAAGCAGAGGAAAGAGCAAAAGAAGAGAUGGAACGUCAAUUGAGAGAACAAGAAAGAACAAGGAGACCUUCCAGAUUCGAGGUCAUCCCAGCACCGGACAUUCUUAAAAUGCAAAGACAAAGUGUUAAUGAUUUAACGAUGUCGGCAAAUAACGGUGGCGGUACGGAUCAUCAUACGUACCAUUCACCAGUAUUCGGAACACAACCAAAGAAAUCUAUUUUAAAGAAAACCAAUUCCUUUACCUUAAAAGGAUUUAGUCCGCUAGUCAGCCCAGCUGUAACACCUUACACAACAGUUACUGGAGCAGAAAGCAGAAUACGUCUGGCCUUUGAAGCAAUUUUUCGAAAAUCAGCAACUUUGCAAGAUGUUGAUCCGGAUCCAGAAAUGGGUCCUACUACGGUACGUGAAAGUCAGGAUGGUAUGGACGCUCAGGUACAUCAACCUAUGCUUUCUUCUAGUCCAGCUACGUCGAAAAAAGUACAAUUGCCAAGGGAAAGAGUAAUCGAUAUGUCAGCCGAAGAUCAAAAAAGAUGGGAAGAAAGUGAGAUGGCUCUCGAAGUUGAUUUUUCUAGGUGUCACAUCGAUCCGGCACCGUUCCAACUUGUAGAAAGAACGUCCUUAUUAAAAGUCCAUAGCCUUUUCAGCAUGGUCGGUGUGAACCAUGCUUACGUGACGGCCAUUGGAAGGCUGGUCGGAGUAGUUGCAUUAAAAGAGUUAAGAAAAGCCAUCGAGGACGCUAACGCAGGAAUUUUGCCAAUGCAUGUGGAAUCCCACGUUGAUGCUUCGAAUUCCAGUCUUGUAAAGAGUGAAACAGAAGGAGAAAAUAAGAACAUUAGUACGAUGAACUCUGUUAGUUCCAUCGAGAAUGAGAAAAUUGAAAAAGUUUGAGAUAAAUAGAGAGAGAGAGAGAGAGAGAAAGAUGCGAAAAAAACAGAAUGACAAGUAAAGAAAGAAAAAAGAAAGAAAGGAAGAAAAAGAAAUAGCAAACAACAAAUGUGAUAGUCACGUUGCAUGUGUGAGUAGCGUGACCUGAAAGAUGCACCUGUGAGAUGCGCGCCUCUUUUAACCUAUUCCUUACUUUUUUUUUGCGAUCUUAUAAUUUCCUAAUGUGGUAUAUGUAUAAGCAACAAGUUCUUCAUCACAUAAUGGCAGUAACUUGCAUAUAUUCCUCUCGUACUUAAGUUUGAGGUGUACAAAACAGUUACUGAUAUGUGUAUAUAUAUAUAUUUAUAUGUAUAGAAAAAGAGAAAGAAAGAGAAUUCUUUAAAUACUACUUAAAUUUGGACAUCAAUUUUUGAAUCAUAUUAUUUUUCUAAUUUGGAACUAUUUAGACGUAACCAAAUAUUUUUUUAUUUGUGUCACUUGAUAUCUCUUAUUCGUACAUAUAAAUGUCAUUGUAGGAAGAAUUCUAUCCAAGGAAAUUUAUAUAUAUAUGUAUAUACAUAUAAAUAAAUAAAUAAAUAUACAUAGUUAUACGAAGAACUUUGAAAUGGUAAAUUUAUGUAAAUGAGUUUGCUUGAAAGAUAUUACGGUAACAUAUGUUUGAUCAUCUAUCGAUAUAAAUCAAUAUAGUAUAAUAUAAAUAUACGUAACAUAUACAUUACAUAUAUAUACACAUGCAUUAAAGUGCGUAAGCAUGAAUGAGAAUCCAAAUGAUUCGCAAUUCAAAUAAGGAAAUCAAUUGCGAGUGUAUAUUCAAAAACAAAGAAAAAUGAAAGUUGUGAAUAUCAAUCUUAAAUAAUUCAUCAUUGUAUAAAGUGAAACAAGCAUCGAUGGUCCUAAAUAAGGCUUAAUGCUCAAUAUUGUAGCGUGAAUCACGAUUUCUUUAUUAUUAUAAGUAGGAUAAAUUAUAUAAUAAUAAUGUAUUUUUUUAUUUAAUAUAAAAAUGGACAAAAUGAUUCAAAGUGUCAAAGACAAAAGAUCGUAUCCUAAUGUCCGAAAAGAGGAAGAAAGAAAGAAAAGAAAAAAAACAAAAGCACAAAAAUCCAAGCGUAAUUUAGUUAAUAAGAAAGUAAUUAUUUAAGUAGAACAAGGAUGAUAUAGCACUCAUGGAAAAACUCCCUUAGCUC